AUGCAGCUCCUCAGCGCUUGUACCUUCGUCUGUUUCCUGUGGGGCGUCGCGGCCUUCUCGCCCCGGGGCGAUCGGAACGGAUUCCCCAAGUUUCCCCGUACAGUGUGCGGCUCCAGGGCUGUCCAGUGGCGGCCCCAGAGGGAGCCCAGGGUGAUCGGCGGCGAGGAGCCGCCACUGGGGGCGGUGCCGUGGCAAGUGCAGCUGAGGAUGGGGGAGAACCACCAAUGCGGAGGCGCCCUGAUCAGCAGAAGGCUGGUGCUCUCUGCCGCGCACUGCUAUAGUGAAGGCUUAACAGCCGUGGCCGGCGCUCACGGUCCGCCAGGUUCCUCACCCUACGAACAAAUCCUCAAAGUAGAAAAAUUCAUCCCCCACCCCGACUUCAGAAAACUAGGCCCCUACUCCCACGACGUCGCCGUCCUCCUACUCGCAUCCCCCGGCUUCAAGAUCAACGACGUCGUCAAACCCGUCUGCUUCACCGACGACGAUCCACCACCAGGCACCUGGUGCGAAGUAUCGGGUUGGGGAGCUACCGAUCCCGAGAUAACAGACCGUCUCUCCCCCGUUCUAAGGGCUGCGGCGGUCCCGGUUCUGUCCUUGGAGACGUGCAGGAAGAAAGGCAUCUACGGAGGACGCCAACAACAAAUCCUUGACUCUAUGCUAUGCGCUGGGCACCUCAGAGGGGGUAUUGACGCUUGUGGAGGCGACUCUGGAGGUCCUUUGGUUUGUGAGAAGGACGGAAGGUUGGAACUUACAGGUAUCGUGUCUUGGGGUGAUGGGUGUGCCAAGAAGAACAGGCCAGGGGUGUACACUAGGGUGUCCAGCUUCUUGCCGUGGAUUAAGGAGUCGGCUCUGGACUUAGGGGUUGAUUACGACUUUUAG